AUGCUGCUCUCUCGGGAGCUUUCAGCCCCGGGAUUUUCCAGCGGGCCCCGAAAUCCGCCGUUCCGUGAACGCUCUUCUGGGACCUUCGCUUCAGGUCGCAUGAUCCGCCACAGCACUUCAUCCACCUUUUGUCACGAUGCAUCCUCACGACUAGGGACAGCACAUGGCGAGGAAUUGCCAUACUUGUUUGGAGUGCCUCUGGUGGACCAGCCUUCGUAUCUUUCGGCCGGAAAUGCGACGAAGGAUGAGCUGUUCAUGUCGGUGGCCAUGAUGAAGCUUCUGGGCAACUUCGUGCACUCUGGAGGCCAAUUGUUUGCCCGCGACGACGACGACGACGACGACGACGACGACGAGCAUGCGACUCUGGAAGGACAAGCAUCCACUAUGAAGGCAACGAUGCACGAGGUCGUUAUGCAAAACUUGGGGGACAUGAGUGGGUACAAUGACCCGAAUGUCACACUGAAAGCUGGUUUCAAUUUUAAAGCUCAAAUUGAAGCAUUGCCACUCGUUCCGCAGAUUAACAAUUUGCUAUUGUUGCCGGUUUGCCAGAGGGCAGCAGUUGUCAGCACGCAGCGUUCGGGGAAACUUUCUCGCCACGCCUCGUCGCUGUCGCUGUCGCAGGAACAGUGGCCGACUCGACGUCGACACCCCCCGAGGGAGGAGGAAAUUUUUCGAGAAGCUUUAAUUGUCUCGGUGCUAAUACAUCAUCCUCUUGCUCAUUCCGAAAAGAGGGAGACACGACGAGAUGGAAUCUUUGCCAGCGGCGUCUUUGGCGGAUCAAAAACGCUGCGCCGAGUUUCUCUGGGGGUUCGCGGGCCGGAAAACGCGGCAUGA